AUGUCAGCUGGAGGAGAUUUGGGGAACCCCCUGCGGAAAUUUAAACUGGUCUUUUUGGGAGAACAGAGCGUGGGCAAAACGUCUCUCAUCACCAGAUUCAUGUAUGAUAGUUUUGACAACACGUACCAGGCCACCAUUGGGAUUGACUUUCUAUCAAAGACCAUGUACCUAGAGGACCGAACAGUGAGGCUGCAACUGUGGGACACGGCCGGACAAGAGCGUUUUCGAAGCCUCAUUCCGAGCUACAUACGAGACUCCACCGUGGCCGUGGUGGUCUACGACAUAACAAACGUUAAUUCGUUCCAGCAGACCUGCAAAUGGAUCGAUGACGUCCGGACCGAGAGAGGGAGUGAUGUCAUUAUCAUGCUAGUGGGUAACAAGACAGACCUGGAGGAAAAAAGGCAAAUCACCAUCGAGGAGGGAGAGCAGAGAGCCAAAGAGCUUAACGUCAUGUUCAUCGAGACCAGCGCCAAGACGGGCUGCAAUGUCAAACAGCUGUUUCGUCGUGUGGCAGCAGCUCUUCCCGGAAUGGAGAGCCUGGAUGACGCCAAUCCUGAAGGCAUGAUCGACAUCAAGCUGGACAAACCGGCAGAGCCGAGUGUCCCCGAGGGUGGGUGCUCAUGUUAA